UCUUUCGUUGAAACUCCUACUCAAUGCUGGAUCAUUGUUGUAGAGAAAAAAUAGUGGAGGUUGUGCAGCAUUUUGAAGAAUGAAUCUCCUCUCAAAGCGGUGCGUUCUUUUCUACGGUGCGCCUAGCAUGGAGAAGACGUGGAUGUGGAGUUCCUUGACCUGAAAGACCGAUGUCAAAAUGCUGAAAGUCCAAGCGAGCGUAAGUCGAUUCUGGCCCUCCAGUACCAGCUGGCGACAGAGACUUGUAAUAUUCUACGUGCUGGCGAUGUUAGGGCAAGGUCCAGUGGAUUCAACUAUACUGCAGGUGAGUCACACAAGCAUAAUUUAUCAAUGAGAGUGCCACCACGUUACACUGCUACCUAUCUAAUAUGAUCAUAGAAGACUUAGUAACACUACUUGCUCAGUUUAACUUCACUCUAACUUUCCUCGCCUUCGGUUUCAUCACAUUGGCGACUGGGGACUUGUUCAAGUGGGCACAGGAAGUUCUUGAUGCCUUCCAGUCCCUCUCGCUGGUUCCUCUCAUUUUUACACUGCUAUUCACGUUAUGGCUUGAACAUAGUCAAGUAUGAGUAGGAUUAUCUUAGAUGCUCAAGGGCUGAACACAGUAGAAAUCUGUCAAAGUCUACUGAAACCAACGACGACCUUUCUAAAUACCUACAUUUUCGCAGUGGGUUUCGGUUUUCCGAAUAUAAUGCUGAAUACCGGAACAGGUUUGGCUCUGACGUCCAAAAGCGCGAACUUUGCAGCCGCCUUCGUUUUGUCGUGCUUUAUCGCGGCCGUCGUUAAGGCUCUGAUGUAAACGUUCUUCGUGCGGUCUGAAAAGAACUUCAUGUAGUGAUUGAUUCGCUGCAGUUCCACCUUCCUUGUUGUGAUCCUAGUUGUACAAGAAAUAUCAUCCUCCUGCUUUCUUGUGGUGAUCCUAGCUGUACAAGAAAUAUCAUCCUCCCCUCAUCAUUUCUUGCCCUCCUCCUCUUCUAUAAUGUGUCUCGUAUUCGGCGGUCUCUUGGCUUACACACUUGCGCGUAGAGUGUUCCGCUCGUAUGCGAUGAAGCUGAAUUAUGAAUGUUACGUCCACGGACGUAGAGGUGCGGCAGUAGCAGCUGCGGGGAGGUCGGUGCCCUGUGGAAGCGAUCUGGUUGAUUGACUGAUUGACUUUCUACAAUUGAUUGAUUGAUUGACUGAUUGCCGAUUGAUUGAUUGACUGACUGACUUUCUAGUUGGCGUUUUUGUUUUUUCUAGUUAGGCCUGCUCCACCAACAAUGGAAUUUUCGAGUGAACGUCAUACUAUGCUCUUCAGUAGCACAUAAGUUCUUCGUAUAGGUCCUCGCUAACAACUACUUGUCCUUUCCUCUGUCUCUAAAUUCCACAAUCCAGCCGCAUUUUUCGCGCAUUGCAGUCCGGGCUACGGGAUAACGGUAUUCUUCUUUCGGCUUUGAUGCGGACAUCUUUGCCCCAUCUCUUGGUGAAUUACGGCCUGGCAAUGGUUGAGGAGGAAGACGAUGCGGACGAUGCGCAACAGGAUUCAACUAUAGGUCGUGAAGGCGAAGAAAGUGAAGUAGUGGAGGCUGCCAGGACGAGAACGAGAGAAGCCCAAAGCGAACAGCCUGACGCAGUGGGCCAGAAGAAAAACAAGAGUUUACCUUCUGGCUUUCGGUUACGCAAGUUUCUCCUUGGCUGCGUGGGACACGUUCCUUGAUAAGGCAGAAUGUACUAACGUGUUCAUUGCUUAGGACGUAUUCAUUGCUUAGGAUGCUCUGUCUUUUUUUGCUAAGGAGGUCUGGGUUUCGGGACGAGAGAGAGACGGGUGGAAGGGUUAGGAUAGUUGUACAGCUUCAGACCAUCGCAAAAACCAUACUAGCGUGUAAAGAACCUCUCAUACCUAGAAGUAGGAGAUUCCAGGAUUCUACCGCAUAGGUAACAUAUUUUCACACUCGGAUUCUAGUUUACAGCCACAUUCAUACCUGGAUCCUGGUAUACAGCUGGUUGGGCUGUUCGCUGGAUUCGAUGGUCGACCUCAUCGAAGGGACGGGGGAUGACGACGCGGCAGCACGGAGCUGGGGUGGCAUUGUUUUAAGGCUCGGCUAGUGAAGACAUCAGCGGACUUCUAGGAGGUGUUUGUCAACUUAAACCACGGUUGAAGGAAAAAUCAAACGCAAAUUCAAAUGAUCAGUGAUAUAAUGCAUGGGUGAGCUAGUUGCCUGCGAACCUUCUGAUUUGUGAAGUCUUUUGGUCGAACUUAAUAGGCUAUAUUCUUUUGCGUCAUUUCAGUAUGAAUGUAUUAUCUUCUUCAUUGCGUCAAAAGAUACCUCCAGAACAGGUAAAUGAAUGAAUGAAUGGUGUAUGAUACUUUUUCUACGUACUAUCUGCACUUCUAACCACAGCUCUUGGCACAACGAGCAUUGCUUUUACAGCUGUGACGCAUCGGCAUUUGCGUGCUGUGAUUACCGGAGAGGAAGAAAAGAACAGGGCUUGUAUUACCACAGGAGGGGAAAUUACCUAGAGAUGCUUUUUGACUGCAGUAUACUUAAGCUGCCUAUGAGGUAGACACGUAUUAUGGGCAGAGGUAGUCAGGUAAUGUAACACAUGUGUUCGAUAUUGGUAGAGUAGUCAGUAUCUUCACUACUUCUUGGUAGUCAGACAUGAUAUUGACUGAGGAGUAGAUGGUAGAUCACUGAUUUAAUACAAGAGAUACAUUAUAUUGACUGAGAUGGUCUAUCAUAUACUACUAGUCUGACUAGUCUCUACCAUAUAAUGACUACAAUAUCUCAGCACAUAUCUGACCAUCUCAGUGGGUAACAUCCAGAGAUAGACAGGGUCGUAACUGAUAUGAUCAUUUUGCAUUACCCUAUGUAUUAUGGAUCUGGCGUUGAUGAUAGCCCAGGAGAAGUUGAUAAGAAGGUGCAUCCGCAUAAGCGGAAGCAGUAACCUGAGCGCCACGUCGAGCACUGAGGUGGAGCCUACUUAUUUGGAAAGUUGUGUUCUGGACAAGUGAUGAUAAAUGGAGAGCUUGACAAGAAAAGCAUCAACAUCAACAAGCUUGCUCCGAUCAUGAUAUCCCAGAAAACAUUUGAACGCAUGAAAUUUCUCGAGAGGAUAAAAAAAUUGAUCUUCGGAGCACCAUAACAUCC